AUGGCCCCUGUUCCAUUCACCAACUCAGCAAGCAACAUCUGUCUCAAGCUUUCCAAAGAAGGUAUCCUCAGAAUGGAUGAGGCCCCCAUGCCUGUUCUCAAUCCUGAUGAGGUCCUUGUUCAUAUGAAGUGCACCGGAAUCUGUGGUUCCGACAUUCAUUUCUGGAAGGAAGGCAAAAUUGGGGACUUGGCUGUCACGGACGACCUCAUUUUGGGCCACGAGUGUGCUGGACUUGUGGUUCAUGUGGGUGCGAACGUUAAGAAGCUGAUCAAUGUGGGUGACAGAGUGGCUGUUGAGCCUCAACUUCCUUGCGGAAAGUGUUACUUGUGUCAACAAGGAGACUACAAUUUAUGCUUGGAUGUGGACUUCUUGGGUGUUCCUGGUAUGCCUGGUAGAGACGCUUCAAUCCAUGGCAGUAUGCAAAGAUACAAAAGCGUGAGGCCGGAGUUCGCCCAUAAAAUUCCGGACUCGAUGUCGUACGCGGAAGGUGCCUUGGUGGAGGUCUUCUCGGUGGCCUACCAUGGAAUUGAGAAAGCUGGAGGUUUGGAGCUUGGAAAACCUUGCGUGGUGGCUGGAUGUGGCCCAAUCGGAUUGGCAACCCUCAUGCUAGCAGAUAACGCUGGUGCUACACCAAUCGUUGUGACCGACAUCUCUGCUGACAGAUUGAAAUUUGCCCGGGAGUUGGUUCCUUCUGUCAUUACCUACCAAGUUCAGCCCAAGUUGGGUGCCGAAGGAAAUGCGGCAGAAAUCCGCAAGUUGUUUGGCACCGAGGAAUGGCAGAUGCCACCUUAUGUCUUGGAGUGUACCGGUGUGGAGUCCUCUAUCAACACAUGCUGCUAUGUUACUAGAAGAGCCGGUUGUCUCACUGUGCUCGGGGUAUCUGGAAAGAACGAUAUCGAUAAUUUUCCAUUCAUGCAUCUCUCAUUUUCUGAGAUCGAUGUUAGAUUCAUCAACAGGUACAAGUCCUCAUGGCCACCGGUGAUUAAUUUGAUUGCAUCUGGUAAGAUUAAUGCAAAGAAAUUUGUAACGCAUUCUUUUCCUUUAGAGAAAGCAGUGGAUGCUUUGGAGAUCGUCGCAGAUCCUCUGAUUCCAACUGUCAAGGUCGUGAUUGAAGACAAGGACUAA